AUGUCUACAGUUGACAAGGAAAACACCUUGACAUGGACAUGGUUUCUGGAGCUGCAGAAACACUCAUUGAAUCUGAAAGAUGGAACCAGUAUUACCUUUAUGUCUGAUAUGCAAAAGGGUCUGUUGGAAGCAGUAAGAACUGUCCUCCCUCUCUCAAAUCAUAGGUUUUGUGUGAGGCAUAUUGAAGCCAACUGGAGUAAGAGGAUCAAAAUUUCAGGAGAGAUGAAGAAAUACCUAUGGUGGUCUGCUUGGAGCACUUAUGAGGAGGACUUUAAAGAUCAACUAAAGAAUCUUGGUGAAUUGUCUGUUGAUGCUGCCAAGGAGUUGCUUAGGUAUCCACCACAGAAUUGGCGUAGGUCCUACUUUGAUACAUUGUGCAAAAAUCAGAUGGUGGACAAUAAUUUUAUAGAGUCCUUCAACUCUUGGAUCUUAGAAGCAAGAGGCAAGCCUAUCCUGAAGUUGCUUGAGGAUAUUAGAAUCAAGGUCAUGAACAGGUUGAGAGAGAAGGAAGAAGAAGCUAGAACAUGGGGAGGUGAGUUUAGUCCUAACUGCAUGAAGUUGUAUACUGCUUAUUUGAAGGUAGCCAACUUAUGUACUGUUCAUUUCAAUGGUGAAACUGGUUAUGAGGUUUCUGAGGGUGGUGAUAGACAUAUAGUGAACCCAGUGGAGAAAAAAUGCACCUGUAGAUCCUGGCAGUUGACUGGCAUCCCAUGGCCUCAUACCAUCAGGGCACUAAAAUACGAGAAAGAGGAUCCAAUGACUGAAAUUAGUUGGUGGCACAGCAAGGAAGCUUACCUGAUGACAUAUAGGGCCAAGUUGAUGCCUGUUAGAGGUGAAAGUGAUGGUAGUGAACAUGAAAGUGACCCUGCUUUAAUGCCUAAGAAUAUUUCUGAAGAUCAAACAAGACUACUGAUGAGGCAGCAACAAUUGACCUCAGCAUGGACAAGAGUCAUCUCUUUCAGAGGAGAUCAUACUGGUGUCGUUAUCCCACUGAUCAUCCUUACUCACCUACUAAGCUCACUUGGAAAGUGUUUAAUUGCAGGUGACAGUGUUUGUUUUGUUUUGUUACACAGCAGUGCUGGUAGUUUGCUAGGCAGUAGCAGUGCUGAUAGUUUGCUGGGCAGUGCUAUUAGGAUAUUUGAUUGGCUUUAG